AUGUCCACUAAAAAUGCUCUUGAUAAAUUAUAUCAAGAUGAUGAAGACGUUCCAACUGUUUUUAUUGAUUCGGAGAAAUACAAGGAUCUUAGUUCAGUUAAUAAAAUUGAAUCAUUGGUUUUAAAUAUAAAAUUUGCUAAGCUAUUUCCAUACUUUCAUUUAAGUGUUAAUCAUGAACUUCAAUACGACGAAGUUAAAGAGAAGUAUAUUGUGGCAGCUUACUCCAUCUGUAAACAGAUGGGGGAGUCUAGGGAUGUUGUUGGUAGAAAUUUAUACUAUCAAGGGAAAUCUUUUUGGAAUGAUGCAUCAGAAUGUUAUGAAAAAUGUUUUGAAAUUUUUAAUCUACUUGAAAUAGAUCCAACAGAAAUCGGAAUUAGAUUCAUCUAUAAAGCUCAUUAUUAUACCAAUAUUUUUCCAAUGGAUACAUUUGAAGAAUUGCAUCAUCGUCAUUUAGAUAUAUUUAAAAAUCAGGACCACAAUCAAGAAGUAUUAUUGAUCGUUUUGGAAAAAGAUACUGUUUUUUACCAAAUUUGUGAUUGGUUGAAAAAGUUAGGUGACAAAUUCAAGAGAAAGGUUUUAAUUUUAAGUGGUCAAGGCCAACCAUCAAUACCAACAAAAAAUUUUGUGAAAAAAUUAACAGAAUGGUAUAAAAAUAAUUUAAAAACCAUUGGUUUAUUCGACUAUGAUCUUCAUGGGUUACUCAUUGGAAAUCAAUACCAACAAAAAUGUGAAAGAAUCAAGUUUAUAAAGAUUAUAGACCCAGAAUGUACUAGAUAUCAUGUGGAAAAAAAAGAUAGAACUGGUUUAAAAAAUUUAGCUGACGAUCCAAUUGCACCAACAUAUAUUAGGAGAUCAGCAAUGGAUUUAUAUUCUUCUUUCGAUGAGAAUAUUCCCAAGGCAACCCCAAUUGAUUCACAUGCUACAUUGCUGCUUCAAUUAAUGAAACUUAUUUUGAACGAAAACUUUGAUGAAUUAUAUGCUAAGAACAUUUUUUUGGAAUUAAACAUUCCAGAAGCAAGUAAAACAAGAUUAGGAUCAUUAUUUCCACCAAUCAAAAGAAUAAUAUUUCAAGAUCAUGAUUCAUUAAAUAAGAAGAGAAAAUUCGUUAACGAUGAUGAUCGUAAAACUUUACUGCAGAAAAAAGUUAAAACCAAUACAUCUCAUUCCAAUAAAUAA